AUGGCCGACUUCUCAGAAUACACAGGGCCAAGCGCCGACUGGGUCGCGCUUGAGCCGACCCUCCCUGCUCUGCCACAGGACUUAUCGGCCCUGGAGAUGAGAGAUUUCAUUAACAAAAAUCGCGAGGAGCUGGCCGCAAAGGGGAUGGAAGGCCUCAAGUCUCAAGUCCAAAUGCAAGACUUCACCGUUCGCACUCGUGACGGUGCAACCCUCGAAGCACGCACCUAUCGUCCGGCGGGCGUGCCAGCUAAUGAGCCUCUGCCAGUAUACAUUCAUUUGCAUGGCGGAGGGUUCCUACUUGGCACAUUGUCCUCCGAAGACGCAAUUUGUUCGCGGAUUGUAGUCUCUCGCGCAAGCAAGAACAAGCCUGUGGUCGUUUUCAAUGUCAACUACCGUCAUACCCCAGAACACCGCUAUCCAACCGCCUGGAAUGACACUGAAGACGCCUUUGUCUGGGUACACGAGCACAUCGCCGAAAUUGGUGGGGUCGCCGACCAGGUUGUCGUCGGCGGUAUCUCGGCUGGAGCAUGGUUGACAGCCUCGCUGACACUGGCUCAGGCAAACGGCCAAGAUAAGCGCCUUGCUGCCUGUCCCAAAAUCCGAGGGCAGGUCCUCAUGAUCCCGUGUGUUGCGCAUACCGAUUACUACUAUGCUCCUCGCCAAACAUUGCUGUCUAGCCCCGAGCUGUCGAGUUUGAUACAGUGUGCCGAAGCACCUAUUCUCCCUAUGAGUCGCAUUCGACUGUUUGGCGGGUUAUUAGGCCUUUAUGAGCUCAAAGAAUCUGCCGAUGACCGCAGAAUGAAUCCUGGGAACGCGACUGCGGAGGAGGUGAAAGGUUUACCUCCGACCACUUUUGGAAUUGCUGGAAAUGAUCCCCUGAGAGAUGAAGGAUUUUUCUAUGCGAUGUUACUGAGUGAGAACGGGGUCCCUACAAAUGUCAAUGUCUUCCGUGGUGUACCCCAUGGCUUCCGACGUUAUGGAGACAAGCUGUCUGCCAGUAAAAACUGGGACAAUGUGAUGAGUGAGGGUAUUACCUGGUCUCUUUCCAAUCCUGUGGCUGGUGCCUUUGAAAUCAAGCCGGAUUGUUGA